AUGCAAAACUCGGAUGCAUCGAGCAUCCCGAACAGCGCGCGUUUCAUCCCCCCUAAAUAUAACAACAUCAACGGCGACACCGGUUUCUCCCACGGCGCCUACCACUCCAAUACCCCUAAUCAGGGUUUCUCCAACCGCAACAACCGUCGCGCUAAUAUCCCUGCUAUAAAUACCGCCGCCGCUGGCCAUUCCGCUGACAUGGCUUCCGGAUUCGACAUGAACUUCACUCCUCUCCUCCCCUCCCAGCUGCUCGUGGGCAGCCCCUUCCAGCCUGGUACCCCUUCGGCCUUUGCUUCGCCGCAAUUCGCCAGCUUUGGUGGCUUCCCCCAAGCCAAUGCCAAUGGACACGCGCAGAAUCACCAAACCCAUCAACUCGGUAGCCCGACCCAAGGAAUGCAGAACCACGGUUUGUACCUGUCGACCGAUGGGUUGGGCGCGUCCCAGCUGAUGGGCGGCCCCCAAUCCCCCAUCAACGCUUUGCACCACGCAAGCCUUGGAAAUGCAGCCCUCGGCAGCCCGGCCGCUUCGGUCGCUCCAGGCUUGCUCUCCGGGACUAGUCGCACAGUCUACUUGGGAAACAUUCCCGCCGAAACAAGCGCGGAGGAAAUUCUCAACCAUGUGCGCAGUGGUCAAAUCGAGUCUGUCCGUCUGCUCCCCGAUAAGACCUGUGCCUUCAUUUCUUUCCUCGACAGCAGCUCCGCUACUCACUUCCACUCUGAUGCCAUCUUGAAGAAGCUGGCCAUCAAGGGAAAUGACAUCAAGGUCGGCUGGGGUAAGCCUUCCCAGGUCCCGACCUCGGUGGCCCUUGCGGUGCAGCAGUCCGGUGCGUCGCGCAAUGUUUACCUGGGCAACUUGCCCGAAGAAACCACGGAGGAUAAUCUGCGUGAGGAACUGGGCAAGUUUGGUCCUAUCGACACCGUGAAGAUUGUCAAGGAAAAGGCAAUUGGGUUCGUGCACUUCCUUUCCAUCAGUAACGCGAUGAAGGCUGUCACUCAGUUGCCCCAGGAGCCUCAAUGGCAGGCUCCCAAGCGCGUUUUCUACGGCAAGGACCGCUGCGCCUACGUGUCCAAGACCCAGCAGCAGAACGCCGCGCAGUUCCUGGGCAUUGCCCCGGGCUACGCACACGUCUUGAACUCGGCAGAUCGCGAUCUGAUCUCGAAUGCGCUCGCUCAGCAGUCUGUCGCUGCGGCCGCGGUGGCUACGACCGCUGGUGGUGUGAACAACCUCGGCAACCGCACCAUCUACCUUGGAAACAUUCACCCCGAAACGACGAUUGAGGAGAUUUGCAACGUCGUACGCGGCGGUUUGCUACACCACAUCCGUUAUAUUCCCGACAAGCACAUUUGCUUCGUGACUUUCAUCGACCCUACCUCCGCCGCCUCCUUCUAUGCUCUGAGCAACCUACAGGGCCUGAUGAUCCACAACCGUCGUCUGAAGAUCGGCUGGGGCAAGCACUCGGGCCCUCUCCCUCCCGCCAUCGCUCUGGCUGUCAGCGGCGGUGCCUCCCGCAACGUCUACAUCGGUAACCUGGACGAAACCUGGACCGAGGAGCGCCUGCGCCAGGACUUCUCCGAGUAUGGUGAGAUUGAGCUGGUCAACACACUGCGCGAGAAGAGCUGUGCCUUUGUCAACUUCACCAACAUCGCCAAUGCCAUCAAGGCCAUUGAGGGCAUGCGUAACCGUGAAGAGUACCGCCGCUUCAAGAUCAACUUCGGCAAGGAUCGCUGCGGUAACCCCCCACGCCAGGCUGGCAACCAGGGUAACUCACAGCAGAACCGCAACGGCGGUAUUGAUGGUCCCCAGUCGCCCUCGCCCGCCUUGAACGGCUUCCAACAGAACCUAAGCCAGAACGGCUCGCAAUCCAGCCCGACACGGUCCGCGCUUUCACCGGCGCCAGGCUCCACGGGCUCCCAGAAUGGCCAACAGCGCCACCCGCUGCAGAACGUGUCCUCGCCCUCUGGUGUGCUGAACGUGGGCUCCAACAACCCACUCACCAUGUACCUUAACCAGAUGUCCGCCCAACAAGCCCAAGAGCAGGAGAACCGCCUCGCCGACCCCAUGGUCCUGGCUGGUCUCCAAGCCCAAUCCCAAGCCCCGUCCCAGCAGUCUCUGUAUAACAGCACUAGCAACGGUGACCUCAACGGCUCCAUGGAUGCACCUCUUCACCACGGUCACGCUCACAAGCCCUCCGCCAACGGUUACCUCAGUGUCGCUGGCUCCGGUCACCAUUCCACCGCCAGCGCCAGCAACCUCAGUGUGCCGCGUGCCCAGCACUCCCGCGCUGUCAGCCUGCCCUCCUUCUCUCAGGAGCCUUUCGGACCGGUCUCUGGCCAGCCCGGCCACAUUCGCUCCGGUGCGCACCAGCCCCAGGCUAGCUUCUCUAGCUUCUCGGGCCUUGGCGGCUUGAACCACUCUGGAUUUGGUCUGGCGAUUCAAAAUGAAAACUCCCUCCCUGGAUGGGCAGAGGAGGAGAUUGGAGCGAAAUAA